GGGUGCGGAUCUUGGAAAGGCCUCUUCAAAACUGUCUCGGCCGGGGCCCUGACGACAGGCUCUGCUUCAGCGGAGGUUUGCAGGACGCCAAAAACAUCUCCAGCGCUCCAGGAGGAGCAGCCAAUGGAAGCUGCGGCUGAGACCCCUCCCACUCCCCACCAUGGGCAUCCGGGUCUCCUGCCUCCCUCCCCCCUGGCAUGCCUGGCACAGAAGUGAGGACCUGGCGGCUGGCUUCAGGGUCUGCAGAACCCUCUCCGUCUGCCUUGUGGUUCCCAAACGGAGCCUCAGCCCAUCCAAAGAUGGCCUGGAGACAGCUGCUUCUCGCCUGCUGUCUCUCAGCUGCUGUGCUCCUCACUACGCUGCAGGAGGGCACUGGUGCAGCGGUGGGCACCCAGCAGGAGGCAGGACAAGACGUUUGGGAAGAUGUAGAACAGAAGAUCUUCAUGCAGGAAUCAGAUGCUUCAAAUUUCCUCAAGAGGCGCGGCAAGCGGUCCCCAAAAUCCCAAGAUGAGGUCAACGCGGAGAACAGGCAGAAGCUGCGGGCCAAUGAGCUGCGGAGAGAGUACUACGAGGAACAAAGGAACAAGUUUGAGAACUUCGUGGAGGAGCAAAAUGAUGAACAGGAAGAGAGAAGCCGGGAAGCUAUUGAGCAAUGGCGCCAGUGGCAUUACGACGGCCUGCAUCCAUCAUAUCUCUAUAACCGCCACCACAUCUGACCUCAUUUUGAGAGAGCAGGAAGAUGGAGCUUGAAACUCACAAACCUACCCCAGGUGUCUGACCAACGCCUCCACACCAGCAGGCCCCUUCACAGGGUCUCAACUGGGGGCGCUCCUGGGCGGGGGGGCUGCCGUGGUAAACACACAGGCCUUCUGUUCUGAUGUUUUAAGAUGCCCUGGCUUUUGCUUCUUUGCAGAUGAUUUUCUGAGGUGAGCAAACACCUGCGGGGCCUCCUGGCACCGAACCUUCAGUGACGUCCCCUUAUUUAGCCAUUGUUCCCACAGUUAAGACUCCUGUCCUGUAGAACAAUGAGAAGGGUCGCAAUAAAGACGACAGAUGACGUGUUCGCUCACGGCUUAGAAAUAAAAUUGCUGAGUCAACACUGUA